UGUCCAGUCAGCAGAGCUCAGGGCUAGCAAGCUGACCAACUAGAAGAGCAGGGGCAGAGUCUAACGAACUGUCCAAUCAGGGGAUUUGGGAUGGGACUGGUGAACUCUCCACUCAGACGUGAGCAGAGAAGAGAACCGUCCAAUCAGCCCCAGGGGCGGGGCAUUGCCGCCCUCCCUGCUGAGCACUCCCGGCCUGCCCUGAGUGACCACGGGUGUUCCAGUUGUGCUCACCGGUACCUGCUGCGAGGCGCAGGGAGCUCGGCGAAGAGCUCAGGUCUUGGGUCCUGCAGGACAUGGACACGGUGGUCUUUGAAGACGUGGUUGUGGGGUUCACCCUGGAGGAGUGGGCCUUGCUGAAUCCUGCUCAGAGAAACCUCUACAGAGAAGUGAUGCUGGAGACGUUCAAGCACCUGGCCUCAGUAGAUAAUGAGGCUCAACCUAAAACCAAUGGGUCCAUUUCUCAGCAGGAUACUUCUGGAGAAAAAUUAUCCCUUAAACUGAAAAUAGAAAAGUUCACAAGAAAGCAUACGUGGGCCUCCCUUUUAGGAAAAAAUUGGGAAGAACAUAGUGUGAAAGACAAGCACAACACCAAGGAGAGACGUUCGAGCAGAAAUCCAAGGGUGGAGAGACCAUGUAAAAGCAGUAAAGGUAAUAAGCGUGGAGAAACCUUCAGAAAGACUCGAAAUUGUAAUCGUCAUCUGCGCAAGAAUCAUCGUACUGGUGUGAGACGGUAUGAAUGCAGUCAGUGUGGAAAACUCUUCACCCAUUCUUCAUCCCUGAUGAGGCACAAGAGAGCUCACUCUGGACAAAAAUUAUAUACAUGUAAGGCAUGUGGGAAAGCCUUCAGUCGCCCUUCCUACCUACAGAUGCAUGAGAAAACCCACAGUGGAGAGAAGCCCUAUGCCUGUCAAUCUUGCGGGAAGACAUUUCUUCGUUCUCACUCUCUCGCCGAACACGUGAGGACUCACACUGGAGAGAAGCCCUAUGAAUGUGGGCAGUGUGGGAGAGGCUUCAGUUGUCCCAAAUCCUUUCGGGCACACGUGAUGAUGCACACUGGAGGGAAGCCGUAUGAGUGCAAGCACUGUGGGAAAGGCUUCAGGUGUCAGAAAUCCUUUCGAGUCCAUACGAUCAUGCACGCCGGAGCGAAACCCUACGAGUGCAAGCAGUGUGGGAAAGCCUACUGCUGGGCAACAUCCUUUCAGCGACACGUGAGAAUUCACAACGGAGAGAAACCCUAUAAGUGUGAAACAUGCGGGAAAGCAUUUGGUUGGCCCUCCUCCUUACACAAACACGCAAGAACGCACGCUAAAAAGAAGCCCGUGAGGAGGGGCAGCGUGGGAAAGCCUUCAGCGAGGCCUCACCCCUCCACAAAUGUCAAAUUGCAAACUAGAGAGAAAGUCUAUAAAUGUGGAAAAUGUGGGAAAACGUAUGGUUGGUCCUCAUCUUUACACAAACAUGAGAGAAAGCACACGGGAGAGAAACCUGUCAGUGCAGCCAGUGUGGGAAAACCUUCUGGUGGGCUUUGCUCUUCCAAAAAUGCAAGAAUGCAGAUUGGAGAGAAGCCCAGUAAGUGCGAAAAAUGUGGGAAAGCUUUCAGUUGUCCCAAAGCCUUUCAAGGUCAUGUGAGAAGUCACGCAGGAAGGAAACCCUAUGCAUCUAAGUAAUGGGGGAAAACCUGUGCAAAUUAACUCAUAUAUCAUGGUUCAGAAAAUUCACAGCAGGAGGGCCAGGCACGGUGGCUCAUGCCUGUAAUCCCAGCACUUUGGGAGGCCGAGGCAGGUGGAUCAUGAGGUCAGGAGAUCGAGACCAUCCUGGCUACAGUUAAACCCCAUCUCUACU